UAUAGGAUGAUAUUGUUUUCAACAUAAAUACCGUAGUGUUAUACGAUGUUGGGCUUUCGAAGUAAUUUUGCAGCAUUGUUUCUAUUGUUGUCGGUGCGUCUUCAAUCUGCCUUGUGGUCCGUCAUCUCCGACUGUGAUGAAACGUUCAACUAUUGGGAGCCGUUGCAUUAUUUAUUGAAAGGCAGAGGAUUUCAAACAUGGGAAUACAGCCCGGAAUUUGCACUUCGCUCCUAUAGCUACCUGUGGUUGCACGCUCUACCAGCAAAACUGCUUGCUUUGCUGGUUGAAAAUGGAAUUGUGAUUUUCUACUUCAUACGGUGCCUUCUUGGCAUAACAUGUGCGCUACUAGAGUACCAUCUGUACAAAGCCUUAAAAUGGAGAUGCGGAGCAACAAUCUGCAACAUGUGGUUGGUUUUCCAGUUGGUCAGUCCGGGGAUGUUUAUCUCUAGUGCUGCGCUGUUGCCAAGCAGCUUCGCGAUGUAUGUUACCAUAGCAACUAUGACAGCAUGGCUGAACGAUAAUACGAAAACAGCGAUUGCUGUUACAGCGCUUUCCGGAUUGAUUGGUUGGCCCUUUGCCGUUAUAGUGAGCAUUCCAUUCGUCUUAGAAUUGUUAGUUAAAUACAGAAAGAUUGGUUUUCUAUGCAAAAACGCGCUGAUUUUUGGAGCAGUUUUUGGAAUUCCUAUAAUAAUUAUUGAUAGUGCCCACUUUGGCAGUAUAACAGUGGCCGCACUCAACAUUAUUCGCUAUAAUGUGUUCACCUCGCAUGGACCAGAUCUGUACGGCGUAGAGCCAGCAAGUUUUUAUGUGAAGAAUUUGUUUCUUAACCACAACAUAGUUCUUCCGCUUACUCUCGCUUAUCCUGUGCUGGUACUGGUUGCUACAGGAAUAGGUGUGAAGUACCAGAAAAAAAGAUUAUCUCCGUUAAGAGGAAUUUGGCUGAUGUCUCCGCUGGUAUUGUGGCUAGCAGUGUUUUCUAUUCAACCUCACAAAGAAGAACGGUUUAUUUUCCCUAUUUAUCCAUUAUUUUCAUUAGGCGGUGCAUUGCUGAUGGAUGUUCUUUUUAAUUUUACUCGACGUUUCUUGGGUGUCAAAAAAUCUGCCUUCCCGAACAGGGUUAUGACUAUCAUUGUCUUCGGAAUCGCACUUGCAAUGGGAUUGUCUCGAAUAUUAGCUGUGUCUCUAUACUAUCGUGCGCCUAUGGUGAUACUGAGUGAUCUGCCGCCUAUGCAGAGUGAAACAAAUGUGUGCUACGGCAAAGAAUGGUAUCGUUUCCCAGGAAGCUUUUUCCUUUCAGCAAACUACCGUGUUCGCUUUGUAGAAUCCAGUUUCAAGGGAAUGUUACCUGCAUAUUUCCAUGAGACUGCAAACGGUACGCAACUUGUGCACGAAUAUUUUAAUGAUAAAAACCUUGGUCACCCUCACAUGCUGUUCGAUUUGAAUCUUUGCGAUUUUCUCGUAGAUUUAGAUACGGGCGUUUCUUUUAAUGCGACAAGUCCAGAACCUAAUUUUUCUGCUGAUAAGAGCACGUGGUCUGUGGUUAAAAGCGUUGAUUUCGUGCAAGCAACCCAUUCGAAAUCAUUUGCCAGGGCAUUUUAUGUGCCAUUGCUUUCGCAUCGUUAUCUUGCGUGGGGAAAAUAUAGUAUAUUAAAACGUCUCAAAUAAAA